AUGGCAACCAAAGAGGGCAAACAGUGGUGGGAUCCAUAUGAAACAUCUAACAGAAGACAAUUCAUCUACCGGCCAAACUCAGCUGCAGAGAUUCUCCCGUGCCUGACGCCCACUUCAUUUGUAGACUCUUAUUCAAAGUCUGGACCUUUUGGUUCGACUGUGUACAAUAAGGAUUUUUGCUGGAAGCCAGCCUGUAAACCUGAAUGCAUUCGCACAGGAACAGUCUCAGGGCAGAGGAGAAACAACCCACAUCCCAGUCAGUCUUUCAUGAUGUGGAGGCUGCCUCGAGACGCGGCACAAAGCGCCGAGUAUGUCGGCCUCCCGUGGAAAUGUCCCCCAUCUGAGUGGGAGAUCCGUAAGGCUUUGACAGCACAGUACCGCUCCACCUACAAAUGUGACUUCAUGGGUAUGCAUCAAGGAUAUGAUCACAUUAAUAGUGCAGAAAGAAGACACGCACCUAAGCACAGCAGGCAUGAAGUGCUGCCUUCCGCUGACACAGAGAUGAGGGACAAUUACCGCCAUCCAAAGCGAAAGCCUGAACAGUACCUAUGCACAGAUUCUUACAGAGCCUGCUGUGGCAUAGUUCCAACUGUUGUGCAAAGGCACAUCCACACCCAGAAGAAAAGACCAGAUAUGACUAACUACGACAGGUUUUGUGGAAAGCGAGUCACUAACAUGACACGCGAGCUGAAGUCUCUGCUGCCCCAGAAGCUGCAGCAGUCACACAGAACUUUACCUGAGGAGGAAACGGAGAAUGUAAAAGCGGUUUUGAGUAACGAGGCUUAUCCAAGCAACACGGUGGAAGCGAAUAAACUUCCAGCAGUUGUACGUGAGUCCUGCUCACCAAAGGGCAUAUCAGGCAGGUCAGGACGUCUCUGA